AUGCCCUCUGCUGCACCGUCACCGUUCCACACCCUUCGUACCCACUCAUCUCCUCUCGCUACUCUCCACUUCUCCACCUCCCCAUCGAAUGGCCUAUUGUACUCUGGGGAUCAGGAGGGCUGGAUAUCGGUCUUGGAUCUCAGGGUGCGGCGGGUGGUGGCCUUCUGGAAAGCACAUGAAGGAGGCGUGCUUGGGCUGGGAGAGUGGGGGGGUGGUGUAGUCAGCCAUGGCCGGGACAACAUCAUUCUUUUCCAUGAGCCUCUCAAAAGACCGUACAUUGCCAUUCCCACUUCCACAAACCCAGAUCCAACAGCACACGGGCCCAAGAUUGCAAAUGCACUGCCUACAAAUGCUCUCAACUUCUGCCGCUUCUCUUUGACCCAGCUGUCGCGGAAUGGGACGGAAGGCAGCAAAGGAAAAGGGAAAGAGUCUGAGGGGCUUAUGGCUGUACCCAGUCUGAUCGACUCUGAGCUCGUAGACAUAUAUCACGUUCCCUCGCUAAAGCGGCUACACGCUUCCAUAAACCUCCAUUCUCAGCCCGCCCCGCCGCCCUCUGGCGUCGACCUUCCCGGGACGUCCAAAAGCGGACUGGUCAUGUCGCUCAAUCUAUUCUUCCCGGAUCCAUCUGCUAUAUCUACUGAGGAUCAUGUGGGCUUGAUGAUAACCUACGAGUCCGGCCACACCGCCAUCCUCUCGACACCCGCUUCUUCCCUCUCCGAGGUCUACGACGCAAGAAUGUCGAAACGACCCAAUCCUUGGGAUUGUAGAUGGAUGGGGAAGGGGCAUAAUGAGGCUAUCAUGGCUGGGACCUGUGAUAGUCGGGGGAGGAGGGGGUGGACUGUUAGUGCAGAUCAUCGGUUGGUGAGGUAUGAAUUUGAUCAAGUAUGGGACGGCAAACUAAGAAAAGACGAUGAGGACGUGAUGAAGCCCUAUGCUACCAAACAAAUCGGAAACUCUUCAAUAGCCGUCUCUGGGGAUGAUAGAGUCGUAGCAGUGGGCGGCUGGGAUGGCAAGAUACGGCUGUUUUCCGCAGCGACAUCGAAGCCUCUCGGAACCCUUUCUUCCCAUAGGGACAGCGUAUACGCCCUCGCUUUCGCCCAUCGGCCCUCAUCGUCUCCUGCCCCUCUGCUAUCCGAGCAGGAUAACCUGACACAAACAGCAGAAUCAACUAUCGUCCCCUUAUCCGACGACACCAGCGAUAAAGACGAUGGUGAUUCGGAUGAAGAUAUGGACGGUGUGCCGCCUAAGGAAAGAUGGAUGGCGAGCGGAGGAAAAGACGGGAAGGUUGCGCUGUGGGGGCUGAUGGAUUUUGGCAAGGGCAGUGCUGGGGCAUGA